AUGAAGGACACAAAUAAUAGGAAGCCGUCAUCAACAACACAAAUGGCAGGCUCAGCCUCAGCCUCAGCCUCAGCCUCGGGCAUGGACAGAAAUGCAGAGGAAACCAUGCGCCUUGCCAUUGCCCGCUUCCGUAGUAGAAUGGCUGCUGCAAACCAAAAGUUUCUUCAGGACCGCCUCAAAGAAAUUGAAGGAAAAGGUCUAGCUACUGAAGAAGAAAAGCGCGUCCAGCUCCGCCAGUACAAAUAUAUGGACGAUGUCAAGUGGGAUGACGAAGACCCUGAGACGUGUGGAAGCGGCAGCAUAAUCCAGAUUCCACCGCAGACACCAGUCAAAGACCUGAAUAUCCCUGCUAUUCUCAACGCCCUGCCCUCACAUGAACCGGCGGACGGUGUAAAGCCUCCCCUGCUACGCUCAAAUCAGUGGCGACAGAUGUACCUCGACACAGUUCAACGCAUGUGCCAGCAGCAGGUAGACGCGAUCGUUGCCGAUGACGACGAGGAUCGUGGCGUCGCGUGCACGUGGCACAAAGAUCAUAGGCCGAUGACUAUCCCACCAUGCGACGAGUUGGCUCUGUUCCUCAAGUAUGCUCAGGGGGUGGCGGAUGUUGACUUCCGCCUCUCGGGCAUUGCGCCGUUCACACCGGCUUGGUCGAUCGGGGUCAAGGACGAGGAACUGGAGGGGCUUGAUGAAAGACAGAGGCGCGACAAAUUGGCAGAUCCGGGGCUAUUGAAGCGCGAGCAAGCGCAAUUGCAACGGCUGUUAGAAUAUAAGUUGGACGAUAAGACUCUGCGAGCGUUUAUCGACGAAGACCUGGAUAUCAGGGCUGGCUUUAUUGCCGAUAUUGGAUUUCAUAUGUGGCACGCAUGCCCAGCGUGGUAUAGUGCGUAUGUGUACUGUCGGCUGAUGACGGAUGACGAGGAUGAGAACAAGCACAAGGAUGAAGACAUCCAGGAUGCUGCCAAUAUCAGGGAGUGGGGGUGGCGGGUGGUUUUCUUUAAGGCUGAGGUUGACAAUCCUACACCUCUGUACGGCCGUAAGGCACGCUUUGAUUCUAUUCCAGAAUUCUUGGAUUGGUACGCCAGCUGGCUGGAUCAUCUAGAUGCACGGGCCCUGCUUUCUCUGCGCCGUCACGCUGUAGCCUGUGAAACGGACUGCGAGUCUGACUGUGAAGAUCAUUAG